AUGCCCCCAAAGCAAAAAAUACCCAUACAUGAUGUCAGCCCGAUCUUACAAAAACUCAGAGAAUUUUUACUAGGAAGAAAGCACACUCUCCACACGAGAUCUCCUGAAUUAUGGGCCAGCAGAAGCGUGCCACCUCCGAACCUUCCUGACGGGGACGCCCAUAAAUUGAAAGACAAUUACUACUUUAGCAGAAACAUUAGAGGACAGGUGAAGCCUCCUGAAAUAAUUUCUGGUAGAGCUAAGAAGAUUGUGGAUGUUUGCAAGGCCGACAUUGAAAAAAUUACGCCUGGAAAACUUUGGAGAUGGGAUUGA